GCGUGACGUACCGGCGUGGUGACGUCACGGCGCUGCGAUGGCGCCCCGGCGCCCCCCGGAGCUGUACCGGGCGCCGUUCCCGCUCUACACCGUCCGCCUCCACCCGCGCCGGGCGCUCGCCAUCACCGCCGGCGGCGGCGGCGCCGCCAAGACCGGCAUCCGCAAUGGCGUGCACUUCCUGCAGCUGGAGCAGAUCGGGGGGCAGCUCAGCGCCUCGCUGCUGCACUGCCACGACACCGAGACCCGCGCCACCAUGACCAUGGCGCUGGCCGGGGACGUGAUCGCCGCCGGGCAGGACAACAGCUGCCACAUCCUGCGCUUCACCCUGCAGGAGCCCGAGGGCCCGGGCACCGCCGGGCGCGACGGCGGGGGGGACAAGGGCGUGCGGCGGCGGCGCGGCCCCGGCGGGGGGGCCCCGGGGGACACGCAGGGCCGGCCCCGCGAGGUGAGGGUGGAGAGCCUGCACCGCGUGCGCACCGACACCAGCGCCGACGCCCUGCAGAAGGCCGUGCGCUUCAGCAGCGACGGCGCCCUGCUGGCCACCGGCGGGGCCGACGGCUUCCUGCGCCUCUGGGAGUUCCCCAGCAUGAAGAAGAUGCUGGAGUUCAAGGCCCACGAUGGGGAGAUCGAGGACAUUGCACUCGGCCCUGACAACAAGGUGGUGACGGCAGGGAGGGACUUCCAGUGCUGCGUGUGGCAGCAGGACCAGCUGGUGACGGGGCUGCGCUGGCACGAGAACCUGCCCGGCAUCCCCGACAAGGCCUAUCGCUACCAGGCCUGCCGGUUCGGGGCGGUGGAGGACAGUGCUGGGGCGCUGCGGCUCUACACGGUGCAGGUGCCCCACAAGCGGGAGCGCCGCCCCCCGCCCUGCUACCUGACCAAGUGGGACGGGAAGAACUUCCUGCCGCUGCUGACACGGCCCUGCGGCUCCGAGGUCAUCUCCUGCCUCUCCAUCAGUGAUUCGGGCACUUUCCUGGGGCUGGGCACGGUGACGGGCUCCGUGGCCAUCCACAUCGCCUUCUCGCUGCAGAGGCUGUACUACGUGAAGGAGGCCCACGGCAUCGUGGUGACCGACGUGGCCUUUGUCCCCGAGAGCCAGCCCGGGCGGGAGCUGCUGGGGGGCCACGAGGCCGCCCUGCUCAGCGUGGCCGUGGACAGUCGCUGCAAGCUGCACCUGCUGCCCACCCGGCGUACGUCCUGGGGCUGCGUGCUGCUGCUGCUGGGGCCGGUGGUACGGGCCGCCCCCAGGGCGGGGGGGCACAGGCCUGAGCCCCCCCUGGCCACGAUCCUGGAAGCGAAUCCCGACCCGCUGAGCCCGGAGUCACCGCUGCUGCCGCUGCUGCGGGGCGCGGUGCGGAGCCUGGGGCUGCCGGAGCAGGAUGUGGAGGCCAUGCCACGGGAGCAGGCCCUGCUCUACCUCGCCGUGCUCCAUGACCAUGACCGGAGUGGGCACCUGGAUGGGCUGGAGCUGCUGCAGCUGCUGGGCACUGUGCUGGCACAGGCCGGGGGGUGGCCGGACCCCGACACGGUGGCUGCUCUGGUGGACCGAGCCCUGGCGAGGCAGGACCGCAAUGGGGAUGGGCUGCUGGACCCCCACGAGCUGCUGUCACCUGACCGGGGCCGGGGACCCCUGGGGCAGUCCUCCCUGGAGCCACAAGCAGGGUCCGAGACUGUGCCUGAGGAGGGCACAGAGAUGCUCAGGGGGCACCUGGGGGUGAGCAGCCCAGGGCAGGCAGCCCCUGAGGCUGGAGCCACCCAGGCUGGAGCCCCUGAGGUUGGAGGCAUGGAGGGGGACGAAGCCCCCAAGGUGGAAUCCCCCAGUGCUGAGGCUGUGGAGGCAGAAGAAGCCCCCGAGGCUGAAGCCCACAGUAGUGAUGCGUCUGAGGAAGAGGAAGUCCCCGAGGCUGCAGCCCUUGAGGAGGAGGCAGCCCCAGCAUGGAGGGACUCUGGGGAGGGGUAGAUGGUGGGGGGCUGUGGGCAGGGCUGAGUGGGGCAACACCCUGGCUGCUUCCUGACCUGCUCGUGGCACAGAGUGGCAGGGGGGUCCCUGUGCCCCCACCCUGCAUCCAGGCUGGAGGGCUGGGGCACUGUGGUCAUGUGGUCUCCCCUGUAACGCAUCAGAUAGAGAAAUAGAGGCUGCUGGUGGCCUUGGC